UAAUUAAUGACGGUUCACAGCGCCGUCUGUAAAGAACAAUGUUUGGUGUCGGACACCCGGGGGCAGCAGUACGCAGGGUCACAGUCGAGACGAGCAGCCUGAAAGGUAUGAGUGAGAAAGAAACCGUGUUCCUCAUCAUAACUGUGAGCUAUCAACAGGAGGCCUCAGUCUACCGCUUCUGUUUGUCAUUAGUUAUCGGGCAGAGAAAAAACAGACACGCCUUUCAGGCCGGUGGUGUGGCAGAGAGGGCGGAAGCUCAGGCUGCCAGUCACGGCCACAUCACGGUCUCACACGGCGCUAGUAAACUAACUAUCCUCCACAGGUUGUUCUUCGGCUUUAGGCGCUGCGUGGAGUUUUCUUGUUUCUUUUUCUUCUUCUUUUUCUAGUUUGCUUCGGUUCACUUUCAGUUCGGUUUUUAUUUCAUGGUCCUAUUUUAAGCCGCGCCGGUUGGGACAGAUGAGCUCUUUUUACAAAGAUCAAGACUGCAGUGAGUUAGGCUUGGCGGGAGAGCUCAGUCAAGUGAGCUGCCCAGAUGAGCUGGAGUUUGAAUACCUGUUUGACUAUGAACCGCCUUGCAGCGACUUUCCCGCGGGAGAGCCUAAAGAUGAGAUCGAUCUUCCCCCACACAAGGUCGUCAGCACCCCCAGCAGCCUCCCAUACCCCCUGGAGGAGCCUUCCCCGUACACUGAGGCCAGCUCAGAGGCUCUUUCUGGUUAUGAGCAGCUGGAGGCUAAAAACUACUUGGCGCACACCAGGCCUAGCGGCCAAGCCCUGAGUCCAAGGAUCGAGAUCACCCCGUCCCGCGAGCACUACAACCACGGCCAUGACUCGCUCCAUAACCACCUAGUGAACACCAGUCCUAGACCCACGCUCACUGUGCCCGGCCAAGACACCACAAUCUACCGUGAGCCUCUCUGUCUUAGCCCAGCCAGCAGUAACUCCUCUGCUUCGUGGCACUCUGAGACCUACUCCCCCUUUGCCUCACCCUGCGUGUCCCCCAGCAGUGGACAGGCAGUGAGUGGGGAGCUGUGUCCUCGCCUUCAAAACAUCCACACAGGCUCACCACGAACCAGCCCAGGCACCUCACCACACACCGGUCUGGCUGAGGACAGCUACCUGGGCCGCUCCCCUUCCCCCCGGCCUGGUUCUCGUUCCACCUCCCCCCAGGGCAAGCGCACCUACGACAUGUACAGAAACCCCAGCCUGGUUCCUGGGCCUCGCUCACGCAGCCCUUCGCCCCAUGGCGGCCAUGAUGACCACCACCCCAGCAGCCAUUAUAAUUCCAGUAACCUGGUGGAGGUCAUUAACGGGUUUGGACAACCUGGUUCAGUACCCACCAAGAUAGUCAAAACCAACCAGCAGCCUUACACUCUCUACCCAGACAACCAUGCUGAGAGCUACCUGGUGUCGUGUGAUCAAGACAUCAAAACCAAAUCUGAGCCCUUCUUUGUCAUUCCUUCCAUCUGGCCCAAGCAGUUGGUGCCUGGAAUCUGCAGCAUCCCCGUGACCUCCCUGCCCCCUCUGGAGUGGCCUCUGCCCAGCCGCACAGACCAGUACGAGCUGCACAUUGAAGUGCAGCCCAAACCCCACCACAGAGCCCACUACGAAACAGAGGGCAGCCGUGGGGCCGUCAAAGCUCCCACUGGGGGUCACCCAGUGGUCCAGCUGCUUGGAUACAGAGGCAAAGAGCCACUGGGCUUGCAGAUCUUCAUUGGCACAGCAGAUGAGCGGAUCUUGAAGCCUCACGCCUUCUACCAGGUGCACCGCAUUACGGGCAAGACUGUGACCACCACCAGCUAUGAGAAGAUGAUCAACAGCACCAAGGUCCUUGAGAUCCCUCUAGAGCCAAAGAACAACAUGAAAGCAAUAAUUGACUGUGCUGGGAUUCUGAAGCUCAGGAAUGCUGAUAUAGAGCUGAGGAAGGGCGAGACAGACAUUGGGAGGAAGAAUACACGUGUACGGCUGGUUUUCCGUGUACACAUACCCCAGCCAGGAGGCCAAUUUCUGUCUCUCCAGGUGGCAUCACAUGAAAUUGAGUGUUCUCAAAGGUCAGCGCAUGAACUGCCCAUGGUUGAGAAGCAGGACAUGGACAGUUGUUCAGUGCUGGGUGGUCAGCAGAUGAUUCUGACUGGGAAGAAUUUCAGUGCUGACUCCAAAGUGAUUUUCACUGAGAAGACCCAUGAUGGACAGCAAAUUUGGGAGGUGGAGGCCACAGUUGACAAAGACAAAAGUCAGGCAAACAUGCUGUUCAUUGAGGUGCCUCCUUAUCGAGAUCCAUCUAUCUGCCAUGCAGCUAAGGUCAACUUCUGUGUGAUCAAUGGGAAAAGGAAGCGCGGUCAGCCUCAGCACUUCACAUAUACACCCCUGCCAGUUCCAUCCAUCAAAACAGAGCCAGUGGAUGAGUAUGAGUCUGGACAAAUGGGUUUUGCAAUGUCUCAGAUCAUGGGAGUUUCACCCCAUUCCUACUACCAACAUAAUCCACGUUCAGUCCUUAACCCAGAUAGUGGCCUGGUACCCAGCUUGGCGUCCUGCCAGCAGUCACGCUCUGGCAUCUCCCCACCAGACCUCCGCUUCCAGCAGCACAGCCCCGCUAUCGUCUACUCCCGUGCUGAGAAGAACUUAGGCGGCAGCGUCUACUCCCAGUCCAGAGUCAGCAUGGUGCCAGAUCCGCAUCGCUCUGUUCUGGUCCAUACUGGUUCCCCAGCCCAGUCUUCUCCAUUGAGUGGCCAGCAUGCCUCUACCCAGCAUCCCUCCAUCAUUCAGUUUUCCCCCACCAACCACCACCUACUGCAAGGGGGUGACCCCCCUGCCCCACCACCCCCAGAACAUCAGCAUAUCAUCUACUGUGAGGGCUACAGUCAGCAUGGGGCUCAAGCAGCAGCUGCCCGAUCCCCUGCUCCAGCACAGGCCCCCCACCCUCAGCAUUAUCCCACCGUCAUCCAGCAGCAGCCCUAUGUGCAGAGAGUUGCCAAAGACAGGUCCCCUCCUGGCCAGGUUGAUCCACAGAGGUGUUCUCCCACUGAGGAAGAGAGAGCUUCCCUGCCUGGGCGAGUCACCAUCAAACAGGAGAACCUGGAUCAGGCCUACCUGGAUGAUGUUAAUGAGAUCAUAAGGAAGGAUCUGACAGGCGUGCACAGCAGAGGACAGACAUAAAGAAAGAAUGCAGCAGGAAGUAUGUGGGACUUCUGCAGCGCCUGUUUCUCCCCGGCUCAUCUUUCAUUUUACAGACACUGCCACCACCAUCCGUUGAACUGUGAGGAGGAGAGCAGUAAUCCGCCCCUCUGCUACGAAGUCUUUUUGACCUGCAAACUUUCUGAAGCCAAAUAGAAUAAGCUUCAUAGCCUGCACAACCAAACACCAUCUGAACCAGCUGUUAGGACACCAGUGUGUUGAUGUUUAAACAGUCUUGCGGUUCCAAAAUCUAGCCCUGACUGGUCAUGAAAUGUGGCCAGGGUUGACCUCAUAUGUCAUUGUGUCAGUGGCUUAUGUUCUCCAAAGCCUCACAAACAGUUUAGAUUGGAUAAAAUGAGUUAAAUCCAUUUGGUUCUCCUCUGAUUUCAUAUUUCAUAGCCCUCUGGCUCACUUCAGUAAACUCUCACUUUAGUAUGUCUGGAACAGUUGCUUCAUCCUGCAUGGCUUUUUGUGUAGAUCACUGGUGCCACAUUCUCCAAAGCAUGGGCACAUCGUUCUGAAGGAAAGCCAUUUAUGAUUAUUUGAAUGAACCGUACCUCUGUUUACAUUUGAUACCUAAAUAGAAGAUUAAAUGAGUUAAUUAAACCAAUAAACCUUAAACAGAUGACACCAAGUUCCCAUUUUGAUUAAACCCUUGUGCAUUUAUUGAAUUGCUUGUAAUUAAUUGCACUGUUCUUACAGAGAAUCCUUAAAUGCAAAGUAUGCACUUCUUGCCAGUGAAUUAUAUUUACUUUUGUAUAUAGUUUCUCUGCAAAAUUAGAUUUUUUAAUAUUUUUACAUUUGUAUAUUUUAUUCUAUGAUAUCAGCAUCUAGUGUUGUAGAAAAUACAGCUAAGAACGUUUUUUCAUACACUGUAAAUAAUCAAACAAUGAUCCUUACAUAAGCCUGUGUGCCUUCAGCUAAAAUAAAACUGCAUUGAGUCUGAAUUUACUAAUAGCUUGUUUAAGGUUAGUACAAGUUUUUGUAUCUCUACAUCUUGCCUGAUUCUAAUAUGUCUCUUAACAUUUUUGGCAUUCCUACAGAUAUUUACAUCUAUUUCUAUUAGAGACUGUGAGGAGAAAAUGCAAGACUUGCACUUGGAUUUCCCCGUUGUGUAUGUUAAUAUAACUAGGAAUAUGGAUAUUGUGCUUCAUCUCACAGUGGGUUUUGCCAUAUUAGAUAUGUUGAGCACAUGGAUGAGAAUUGUAAUUGAUUUUUACAAUUUAUAACAUGCAAGAUAUUUGUAAAUAUGCUAGUGUCCUCUAAGGACAUGGAAUAUGUGAUUUAGUAACCAAAGAAUUUAACUUUUGUUGAACAUUUCACAAAGGGAAGAUGGCACUUUUCUAAUUUGUGGCACUAAUUUUGUAAUAGCUUUGACAUACUUGUGGUAAGAGUCAUGGAAUAUUUUAUGUGCCUAAAAAUAUUAAAUGGCCUUUAUUGUGGCCUGAAGUGUAUAAAAGAAAGCAUUUUUUAUAUCAAUAACAGAGCCAUUCUCUCAGUGCAUGGUGCUCUUCAACAUCAUGGUAAUCCCCUGAAUGUAAACUCAUUGUUUUUACUGUAAAUACAUUUGGCUGAAUAUGUAUAAAAUAUUCUGCGUUUUAGAAUUUGGUUGUCAGUCACAAGUAGAGCAAAAUAUUUUUAUGAACUGAAUCAGUUGUUUUUUUUUGUUUGUUUGUUUGUUUGUUUGUUUUUUGCUAUUUACUAUCAUGUAACCAAGGCUGUUGUAAUACAUGAACUGCAACCUGUAGGCAAAAUGCAUUUAACUUUUUUAUGAUAUUAAUAUAAGAUAAUCCCAUCUAUAAGAUGUUUGCCAAAGAAAAGCUAUAUCUUUAAAUGUCUUGUAAGGGGUAUCAUACAUGCCAGUUUGACUUCAUCCUUGCAAUGAAUGUUUCAAAGUUGAUGCUUGUCAAAAAAUGAGCAAUAAAUCUGACUGAAGAGCUAUUCUGUUUGUAAAAUAAAUGUUUGAUGUUUUCAUGUAUGAGUGCAUGA